AUUCUACAGAAAUGGAUACGAAUGGAGCGCAUACCCAAACAACAACGACGACAACAAAACCUCAUAUAAGAACAAACCCUCUGAUAAUACAAGUGAGGCACGGAUCUCUCUCUUCCUCUUCUUGGGAAGGAUGCACAUAGGACGUAUGAGAUAACAGAAAUAACUGCAGGGCAUGGGAGGUUGCUGUUGUUCGUCCAGGAAACCUCAUUUGCAUGGAACGCCAGUAUUUUAUUACUGUCCACCUGGUUCAGAAGAGCACGAGUCCUUAACAUCUAACAAUGCUGCUGUUUCUUCACUCGCGGUGGGCCUUCUGGUUGAUUUAGAUCUAGAAGCAUCAAUACCAGACACUUUCCGGGCUCCUCCUGCCCCUCUGCCAUAUGACGUGGUUUUUGGAUGUCCACAAGCAACAGAUUAUGAAUCUAUCAUAGAAACAGUUAGUGGAAGUAGCUUUGAAACCUUAGCCACUUGUGAAGAUCUCGAGGAAUCAGACUGCAAAACCCAAGCUAGUUCUUUGCUUCUUGUCUCCCCAAGGAAGUCUAAAACUUCAACAUUAACGGUGGAAGAAGAGGAUGCUUGUCCCAUUUGUCUUGAAGUUUUGUCUCCAGAGUAUGAUGAGGAGAACCCAAAACUCAUGACAAAAUGUGAACAUCAUUUUCACCUUUCAUGCAUUCUGGAAUGGAUGGAGAGAAGCGAUUCAUGCCCCAUAUGCGAUCAGGAAAUGAAAUUUGACUAUCCCGAUGAUUAGCAUCUAUUUGCUUCUCUACUGCUGUUCAUUCGUAAUUGAUCUGCCGAUGGUGCCAUCAGAUUGAUGUAUCAAGUCUUCAUUGUUUGUAAGAUUGCAGCUUGUCCAAUUGUCAUCUUUUUUAUCAAGUUAGUCUCCACUACGUCAGAACUGAAAUUUUGACACAAAUGUGAAGCUCCAUACUAUUCCGGUUCCCCAUUUCACUAUUUAUACUGUGAUCACCGUAUUUCGGGUUGGUUUGCAGAGGAUUGUUGGAAGACUAAUCUCAGCGACUGACCUGUGGCGUUUUGAAUGCGGUCGGAAGCAAAGAAAUAUAUUUUGUUAAAAGGAAAAGAGAAGAAAAAACUUAAUAAUAGGACUCCCUACUUUUUGUCUUGAUAGCUGGAUUGUUUUUUUUGUACAGAAAGUUCAUUGCUGUUGGAUGCUGUAUUUUGUGUAUAAUUUGUCGUGUCGAUUCAUUUGCUGUUGGACCCUUGAUUGAUUGAUGGAGAGUGGAUUGAACAAAGAAUAUACCGAGUCCGAACUUAUAUU